AGACAUUUUAAUAAUACUCUUCUUUACUUUCUUUUAGAAAAUUUCUUCAUGGAGUCCAUCAUAGGGUCAGUUGUUGGAAGGGUAGGGGAAUAUGUAGAUUGUCAGAAAAACUUCCACAAUGAUGUGGAUGAUCUUAAAAAAGGAAUUGCAGAUCUAAAACGCAGAAGAAAUGAUAAGUUAGCGGAGCUACUAACAGUGGAUGACUCGGAAAAACAAGUUAAAGAAGAAGUGCAAGGAUGGCUUGAAGAUGCAAGGAGGGUCACUGAAAUUGAAAUGCCAGAUAUUGAAGAAGAGGUGCAGAUUGUUUCAUACUUGUCACGUGGUAGCCUUGGAAGACGUGUUCGUCAAAAGAUUCAACAGGUGAGAGAACUUUAUGAUCGAGGUAGUUUCCCUGAAGGUCUUGUAAUUGAAAGACCUCCACCUAUUGGAAUCACUUUGCCAACAGACAAUAUGGUGGGCGAGGUUAAUGUGAAGGAAAAAAUUUGGGGAUACUUGGGUGACAUUGAGGUUGGAAUAAUUGGAGUUUGUGGAAUUGGUGGAGUCGGCAAGACCACUGUUAUGAAACAUAUCCAUAAUGAAUUACUGAAUAAACCUAUCGGGUUUACAAAGAUUAUUUGGGUUACAGUAUCACAGUCACUCAGUGUUGUAAAAUUACAAGAUGACAUUGCUAGAAAAAUGAACAGAAGUCUUGAUGGUGAUGAAUUGGAGCGGGCAUCUACAUUGAUGAAGAUUAUGAAAACAGAGAAAUUUGCAUUGAUCUUAGAUGAUGUGUGGGACACAUUUAGUCUUCACGAAGUUGGAAUACCAGAACCAACAAUAGAAAAUGGGUGCAAAAUUGUUAUUACCAGCAGAUUAGUUGAUGUAUGCAACCACUUGAGAUGUCAGAUAGUGAUGGUGCCUCUUCUUCCAGAGCAAGAGUCUUUGAACUUGUUUUUAGAUACGGUUGGACGAGACAUUCUACAAAUUCCUAAUUUGGAAAAGAUUUUGACGGAUAUGGUGGCAGAAUGCGCUGGUUUGCCAUUGGCCAUUGUCGUCAUUGCUGGGAGCAUGAGAGGCGUAACAGAUAUUCGUGAGUGGAGAAGAGCAUUACGUCAAUUGUGUGACUGUGUGGUGGGUACAGAGAGAGAUUCAGAAGACAGGAUAUUUAAACGUUUGAAGUUCAGUUAUGACCGUCUACCAAAUUCAAGCAUUCAAGAGUGUUUCUCAUAUUGCUCAUUGUAUCCGGAGGAUUGGCAGAUUGAAAGAGAAGAUCUAAUUGAAGCCUGGAUUUAUGAGGGACUUAUUGAAAAAUUAGAGAGCAGAAGAGCAAUGCAUGAUGAAGGACAUGCUAUUUUAAAUAGGCUUUUAAAAAAUUGUCUGUUACAGGGCGAUGUAUAUCAAGGAGAAUAUGUUGCAAUGCAUGAUGCUGUGAGGGACAUGGCAUUGCGUGUUAAGAGCACAGGUCGUGGUAGGUUUAUGGUAAAAGCUCAAACGAUAUUGAGAGAGAUACCAGAUGAGGAUGAAUGGGUUGAAGAUCUAGACAAGGUUUCCCUCAUGGGAGAUCAAAUAUCAUAUAUCCCUAUAAAUAUGUCCCCCAAAUGCUUGAUGCUCUCAACCUUGAUUUUGAAGAAUAAUCCAAGAUUGAGGCAAAUUCCAGAGUGUUUUUUAGAAAACAUGCCUAAACUGGAGUUUCUUAAUCUUUCCUACACUGACAUUGAGGCUCUACCUAAUUCCAUAUGCAGCUUAGAGAAUCUUACAGCACUGAUUCUCUGUGGAUGUACCAGAUUAAAAUGCAUGCCUUCCUUGUCAAAGCUUAAAGCACUGGAGAAGUUGGAUUUGUUGAGAGCAGGCCUUCAUGUAGCUCCUGAAGGCAUUGAAAUGUUAGGAAAUCUAGAAUAUCUUGAUUUAUCUUGUCCAGACCUGAAGGUGCUACCAAGAGGAAAAAUCAGUGAGCUCGUUCGCCUCCAACACCUACGGAUUGUUGCAGCUGAUAUAAGAGGAGAAGAAGUAGCAAGAUUGAAGAAGCUGGAAUAUUUUGAAUGUAGAUUUGAUUGGUUGAAAGAAUUCAACAGUUUUGUUAGCAAGGUGAACCAUUUUGGAAGAAGACCCAGAAGUUACUUGCUUGAGGUGGGACCGUGGGCCGACUGGGAGGAGGGGGAGGAUCCUUUGAAAUUCUACGACAGUGAUAUUAAAGAAGUAGCUUUACACGGAUGCAAGAUAGGAGAAAACGAUGUGCCGGUGCUUCCAGAUGACCUUCUAGAUUUGAAGAUAUUCAGUUGCAAUACGGCUGCUGAUAUUUCUAUUUUUCUGAAAAAUUUGACUCAAUUGCAAACAUAUCAACUGGGUUCCUGCGAAGGGAUAGAGUGUGUGGUCUCCUCGUCGUCAUCUUCAUCAUCUUCCUUGACAGUUAUGAAUAACCUUGCAAACUUAUCCCUAGAGGAUUUGCAUAGCUUGCGGGAUGUUGUGAAAGUGGAAAAAACAACUACAUCGCUUGCACCAACAAUAUCCCCUCACAUCUUUUCCAAUCUUAAAGACCUGAGCGUAUUUUAUUGUGCAAAAUUGAAGAAGUUGUUUCCAUGUGAGCUAUUGCAGGGUCAGAGCCUCCAAAACUUGGAGAAGAUUGAUGUUCAAGAGUGCUUGGGGAUGGAGGAAAUAAUAGGAUGGGAAGAAGAAGAGGAAAGAAAUCAAACAACUACAAGAUCGAUUACUCUUCCGAAAUUAAGGAUAUUGCGGUUGAAAUUCCUGCCAGAAUUGAGGAGAAUCUACCCUGAAGGAGGAGCAAUGGUUUGUGAGUCUCUCAAUGCCUUCGAAAUAAGGCGCUGUGAGAAGGUAAAGAGGAUUCCCUUUUAUCUUGGAAGGGAAAACGGCCAACCAUCUUUUCCUGCUGUCGAAAUUAUCCUUAUUUCCAAUCCAAAAGAAUGGUGGGAAUGGGUGGAGUGGGAGAAUCCUUACGAUAAGAAUAGCCUCCAACCUUUCCUCGAAAAUCGUGGCGAUGGCUCCUCUUGGGUAGAGAUUGAAAUCGGUCUUAACCAUUCCAUUUGACUAGUUUCUAAUGCCCAGCCCAGCCCAGCUCAGCUCAGAAAUUUCAUCCAUUCAAUAUCAACCUGGUCAACCUGUGUCCAAUUUCUAAUGCCCAGCCCAGGCUGCAUCUCUUACCAUCUCAUACCUAUUUCUUCAACUUAGCAACAUUUAUAGCAAAGGAAGACAAAAAAUUGGACUCACACUCACUUGAAUUCAAUGCCAUCUCUGUUUUAAUUUGCUGUUUUGUGCUAUAUGGAUGAACUUCAUUUAAUUAAAGCUUGUUUGUUGUUUCUUUAAAUAAUUUGUUUUACAAUGU